UCUCUCUCUCUCCCUCUCGCAAGCAAUGCCCCAAUACUGUUCCUGUCUCUGCUUCAUUUCUACCGUGAAAAACAGGAAGUAUUGGCUGGCACGGAGUGUGAAAGGAGCCUAAGGUUGAGUGAAAGUUAAAGAUCUUUUUUAAUCUGCAUUUACCAUUUGUGGGAGGGGGGAGAUCUCUACUUGUAGUAUAGUACCCUUCUAUGUCUUUGUAUCCUUAUAUAUUGAAGUGACAAAGCCACUUGCAAAGUGUCCCAACUCCAUUACAUUUUAGUAACACAUAAACCCAAUUUAGAGAGAGAGAGAGAACUCUUGGGUUUUAGGGGGCCUCCAUUUCUGUGCUGAGACAGUGAGAGAUGGCUGAGAUUUCGCAGAAGAUUCUGUUGCCGGAAACGUUUCAGGGGGUGAGAGAUGAGAUUUCAGGUCAAAUUGGGAUGAUGUGGGAGCUCAUCAAAGCGCCAUUGAUAGUGCCUCUGCUGACUCUUGGGGUGUACAUUUGCUUAGCCAUGUCGCUCAUGCUCUUCAUGGAGAGGCUUUACAUGGGAGUGGUUAUCAUCCUCGUCAAGCUCUUUUGGAAGAAACCAGAAAAGCGUUACAAAUAUGAGCUCUUGCAGGAAGACUUGGAAAUGGGCAGCUCCAAUUUCCCUGUGGUGCUUAUCCAAAUCCCAAUGUACAAUGAAAAAGAGGUCUACAAGAUCUCCAUUGGAGCGGCAUGCGGACUUUCAUGGCCGUCGGAUCGUCUCGUGAUCCAAGUCCUCGAUGAUUCAACUGAUCCUGCCGUCAAGCAAAUGGUGGAGGUGGAAUGCCAGAGAUGGGCAAGCAAAGGCAUAAACAUAACGUAUCAAAUCAGAGAGAACAGGGUAGGGUACAAGGCUGGGGCACUCAAAGAAGGUUUGAAGAGAAGCUACGUCAAACACUGCGAGUACGUAGCCAUUUUCGACGCUGAUUUCCGGCCUGAGCCCGACUAUCUCCGGCGAGCCAUCCCUUUCCUCGUCCACAACCCCCAGAUUGCGUUGGUACAAGGUCGCUGGAGAUUUGUGAAUGCUGAUGAGUGCUUGUUGACAAGAAUGCAAGAGAUGUCAUUGGAUUAUCAUUUCACAGUUGAGCAAGAAGUUGGGUCUGCAACACAUGCAUUCUUCGGUUUCAAUGGGACUGCUGGUGUGUGGAGAAUUGCUGCUAUUAAUGAGGCAGGUGGUUGGAAAGAUCGAACAACGGUUGAGGAUAUGGAUCUUGCCGUCCGUUCCAGUCUUAGGGGCUGGAAAUUUUUGUAUCUUGGCGACCUCCAGGUGAAAAGUGAACUUCCUAGUACUUUCAAUGCCUUCCGAUUCCAGCAGCACCGUUGGUCUUGUGGUCCUGCUAAUCUGUUUAGGAAAAUGGUGAUGGAGAUCAUUAGAAAUAAGAACGUGACAGUGUGGAAGAAAGUAUAUGUCAUUUACAGUUUCUUCUUUGUUCGGAAGAUCAUAGCCCACAUGGUCACAUUCUCCUUUUACUGCGUUGUACUUCCCCUGACCAUCUUGGUUCCUGAAGUUCAUGUUCCAAUCUGGGGAGCUGUUUAUAUUCCCUCCAUCAUCACCAUUCUUAACUCAGUAGGAACCCCAAGGUCAAUUCACUUACUGUUCUACUGGAUUCUUUUUGAGAACGUGAUGUCUUUGCACCGUACCAAGGCAACAUUAAUCGGCCUGCUAGAAGCAGGGAGAGCCAACGAAUGGGUUGUCACUGAAAAACUCGGAGAUUCUGCUUCAAAGAAAGAUGCCAACAAGAACAAGACACACACCAAAGGACCUGCUAAAAGACUGGGAUUUUUUAAACUUGGGAACAGGAUGCAUACAUUGGAGCUGGGAUUUGGAGUUUUCCUCUUCUUCUGUGGAUGCUAUGACUUUGUACAUGGGAAGAACAACUACUUUGUAUAUCUCUUCCUCCAAACAUUUACCUUUCUCAUCACAGGAUUUGGUUACAUUGGCACCAUCAUUCCCAGCUCUUAGUGGCAGCCUGCAUUUUUAAGUAAUCUACAUAACGGCUCAUCAUCUUUGUGUUUGCCAUGCCGUUUCGUAUCUAUCUCGUCUACAACAAGAAGUUAUAUAUAAUUGGGAGGUUAGUUCCUAUGAGCAACGAUUGAUUGCAAUUUGUAUGAUUUCAAUUCAUUCAAGAAGAGGCCAUUCGUCAUGUUGGGCAAAAAAGUUCUUGGCAUGGUCUCCUCAGAAUAUGUCACUCAACUACUCAGAAGUAACCUUGGAAAAUCACAGAGAGACAAUGUUCAAGAUAGUGGAAAAAGACACUAUACAGAACCAAGUGCAAGAAAACAAGGAGUUUAUGUAAUUUAAUUUGUUUGAAUAGAAUGUAAUUGUGAGAUUUUGUUCUUUAUUUUUUUCUGUUUCCUAUUUGUUAGUUUUUCUAAGUUCUGGUCAAUAAUCUUAUCAAACAAAGGGAUGAACUUGUAAUCAAAGUCAAUUACAUUUUUUCCCCUCAAGCAUUACCCCUACCCCACUGUCAAUUGCCCCCAAGUAUUUUUGCAAUGAAUAAUGUUAUUAUGCCU